GGGGCCGCCGAACCGUCUGCCUACGGAAGCCUGGACGGCGGUAGCGCUUCUCUUGUUGACCACAACUGCGGUCCGGCGGCGGAGAGCGAACGCAGUGGCUUGCCAGGAGUGGACGCCCAAAGACUGGGCCUUGGGCCAGCCGUUUCCUCGGCGGCGAAGUAGCAGCACGGAGAGCUGGUGAGUCCGGGAGGCGGGCGGCUCUCAGCACAGAGUAGGCGGCGGCUUGGCCCUCAUGGAGCAGCCACCGGAGAGCGGGGCUGGUGCAGAUUGGUCAAAAGAAUGGAUUUUACAGAGGCAUAUGCUGAUACAUGCUCCACGGUUGGACUUGCUGCCAGAGAAGGCAAUGUUAAAGUAUUAAGAAAACUGCUCAAAAAGGGGCGUAGCAUUGAUGUUGCUGAUAACAGGGGAUGGAUGCCAAUUCACGAAGCAGCUUAUCACAACUCUGUAGAAUGUUUGCGGAUGUUAAUUCGUGCAGAUUCAUCUGAAAACUACAUCAAGACAAAGACAUUUGAGGGCUUCUGUGCAUUACAUCUUGCUGCAAGUCAGGGACAUUGGAAGAUCAUACAGAUUCUUUUAGAAGCUGGGGCAGAUCCGAAUGCUACUACUUUAGAGGAAACCACACCACUGUUUUUAGCUGUUGAAAAUGGACAGAUAGAUGUGUUAAGGCUGCUGCUUCGAUAUGGAGCAAAUGUUAAUGGAUCCCAUUCUAUGAGUGGAUGGAACGCCUUGCACCAGGCUAGUUUUCAGGGAAAUGCUGAGAUCAUAAAAUUGCUUCUUAAAAAAGGAGCAAACAAGGAAUGCCAGGAUGACUUUGGAAUCACACCUUUAUUUGUGGCUGCUCAGUAUGGCAAGCUAGAAAGCUUGAGCAUACUUAUAUCGUCGGGUGCAAAUGUCAAUUGUCAAGCUUUGGACAAAGCUACUCCCUUGUUCAUUGCUGCUCAAGAGGGCCACACAGACUGUGUGGAGCUUUUGCUCUCCAGUGGGGCAGAUCCUGAUCUUUACUGUAAUGAGGACAAUUGGCAGCUACCUAUACAUGCAGCUGCACAGAUGGGCCAUACAAAAAUCUUGGACUUGUUAAUACCACUCACUAACCGGGUUUGUGACACUGGGCCAAACAAAGUGAGUCCUGUGUACUCAGCAGUGCUUGGAGGGCAUGAGGAGUGCCUGGAAAUGUUGCUCCAGUCUGGCUACAGCCCAGAUGCCCAGAUGUGCCUCGUCUUUGGAUUCAGUUCUCCCUUGUGUAUGGCUUUCCAAAAGGACUGUGACUUCUUUGGAAUUGUAAAUAUUCUUUUGAAGUAUGGAGCUCAGCUAAAUGAACUUCAUUUGGCAUACUGCCUGAAGUAUGAGAGGUUUUCAGUAUUUCGCUACUUUUUGAAGAAAUGUUGCCCAUCGACACCAUGGGACCAUAUAUCUGAAUUUAUAAAUCACGCAAUUAAAGCACAGACAAAAUAUAAAGAAUGGUUGCCAUCUCUGCUACUUGCUGGAUUUGACCCACUGAAUCUACUGUGCAGUUCCUGGAUUGACUCAGUCAGUGAUGACAUUCUUAUCUUCACUUUGGAGUUUACUAAUUGGAGGAGACUUCCUCCAGCUGUUGAAAAGAUGCUCUCUGCUCGUGCCUCAAACUCCUCUUGGGCUCUACAGCAACAUAUUGCCUCUGUUCCAUCCCUGACCCACCUUUGUCGUUUGGAAAUUUGGUCCCGUCUAAAACUAGGACACCUACAGUCUGAUGACUUUAUCCGUCAAUUGCCUCUUCCCAGAAGCCUACAUGAUUAUUUGCUCUAUGCAGAGGUUUUGAGGAUGAAUGAAGUUCCAGAACUGGCAGUUUUUCAAGAUGGAGAAAUCAGUGAAACCACUUAACACAGUUUUUGUCUUACUCUGAAAACCACCAAGAUAAGGAGCCAUGGAGUACAAAUUCUUCACAAUUUUAUGGUCACAAAAGAUGAUUUUUGUUUGUGUGGUUGGUUAGGCUUUAGAGGGCAGUGGUUUAAUGGAAAUGUUUACAACUAGGCUACCUGGUAAAAAAAAAAGUGUUGUAAACUUCAUGUAAGUUACUUUAUUGCAGUUUUAUCAUCAGUACUCUUUAUGUUGUAAUAUUCAUUUUCUGCUUUAUUCUGUUAAUGAACUGUGAAUGCUGCUUCUAGUGCUAAACAUGGCCUAUUUCCACCUAUGAUUCUGUGUUUACCUAGGGCUAGAGCUUAGAAGAAAAGGCAUAAGUCUUCACUGGAAGUAUACACACAGUGAAGUUGAGUAUCUCUUAUGUUUAUAAAAGAACUGUAUUAUAUUCUGUUCUCAUCUCUUAAUUUAUUUGAAAUUCAUUGGCUUUUCACAGGUAAACUCAGGGGAGAAUUCUCUUUUUAAAGACUAUAGAAAAUAAAUCAUUUUGCUGUUUAUUUUUUCCCCCCAGUUCUUUGAUACUCUUUUUGGCUAAAAAAAGAUUCCUGUUUCUGCAAAGGCAAGAACAGACUUAAAUUCAAAGACAUGUUGAAAAAAAUUAGGUCGAUAUUGAGAUAAAUGUGCAUUUUACCACAUUUACUUAGUAUUAAUUAGGAGACUGGGAGAGACAUUUCUGUGGUAUCUUUUUUAAAGAAAGAAAGGUAUGUAUUUCUGAGUUGCUCACGAUCAGAUGAAACAUUGCAGGUCCAUUCAGUCUCCAGAUCAGAGGGCAGCUUUAAUCUUAUGAAGCAGUGGUUGCUAGUUCUGUUAAUGUUAUAGUGUGUUUCCUUUUUACUAUCUGGGUACGUUAUCAAAUAGUCCAUGAAAUUUAAACCUUAGAGACUAGGUUAAUGAGAUACUACCUCAUUGGUUUUACACUUGUUUGCUAAGAAUCUAGAGUCAGAGAGGACUGAAUGUUGUAUCAAGUGAGCUAUGAUAAGAGGCUGUGGGCAUUUGUCUUGAGAGAAAGGUUUAGGAAAGCAUACUGUCAUGUUAGACAACUAGAGAUGGGGUCCAAGGGAAGGCAAGUAUUCUAUCCUAUUUGGAUUCUGUGACUUAAGAUAGAUGGGAGUGGGUCAGUCAGAUUCAUCUCUGAUAGACUUUUGCUAUUUGAUAAAAGCAGUGAUGAUGGCAUACCAAAUGAUGGAGACAUUAAGGUCCAAAAGGAUAACUAAAUUCAGCUUAGAUUGGAACUACAGUUGCUGCCUGUGGGGUGGAAAUAGAGUUUGAAGUGGGUAUACAUGCAGAAGUAAGGGUGUAUAGGGAAGAAACAGGUGGAAAUUCUAAUAGUAAAUUCUAAAAAAAAAGUGUGUACUAUGUAGUAUUUUUUAAAUGUCUGUAUCUUUAUUUUUUUUAAACCCUAAUAGUCUUUGCUUUUAACAUAAUCAGUUUUUUGUUAGGGUCCAGUGUACAUAGAAUGUUUAUCUUGAAUCUUUUCAUGGUUUUUGGGUGAAAUCUUUUCAUAUGUUUUUGUGUAUGUUUAAAUAUGUAAUAAAUUCAACUAUUCAUAACUUA